AUGUUCUCCAUAUACAUGAUGUUCUCCAUAUACAUGAUGUUCUCCAUAUGCAUGGUGUUCCCCAUAUACAUGAUGUUCUCCAUUUACACGAUGUUCUCCAUAUACAUGAUGUUCUCCAUAUACACGAUGUUCUCCAUAUACAUGAUGUUCUCCAUAUACAUGGUGUUCUCCAUAUACAUGAUGUUUUCCAUAUACAUGAUGUUCUCCAUAUACAUGGUUUUCUUCAUAUACAUGAUGUUCUCCAUAUACAUGAUGUUCUCCAUAUACAUGAUGUUCUCUAUAUACAUGAUGUUCUCUCUAUAUAUGAUGUUCUCUAUAUACAUGAUAUUCUCCAUAUACAUGAUGUUCUCCAUAUACAUGAUGUUCUCUAUAUACAUGAUGUUCUCCAUAUACAUAAUGUUCUCCAUAUACGCGGUGUUCUCCAUAUACAUGAUGUUCUCCAUAUACAUGAUGUUCUCUAUAUACAUGAUGUUCUCUAUAUACAUGAUAUUCUCCAUAUACAUGAUGUUCUCCAUAUACAUGAUGUUCUCCAUAUACAUAAUGUUCUCCAUAUACAUGAGGUUCUCCAUAUACAUGAUGUUUUCCAUAUACGCGGUGUUCUCCAUUUACAUGAUGUUCUCCAUAUACAUGAUGUUCUCCAUAUACAUGAUGUUCUCCAUAUACAUGAUGUUCUCCAUUUACAUGAUGUUCUCCAUAUACAUGAUGUUCUCUAUAUAUAUGCUGUUCUCUAUAUACAUGAUGUUCUCCAUAUACAUGAUGUUCUCCAUAUACAUGAUGUUCUCUAUAUACAUGAUGUUCUCCAUAUACAUGAUGUUCUCUAUAUACAUGAUGUUCUCCAUGCAACUUUAA